CUCAGCGGGUGGGGGCCGCCCCGCCCUGCCAGCCUGGAGAGGUGGGGCAGGUGGGGCAGGUGGGGCAGGUGCGGAGGGCCGGGGGCCUGCAGAUAGGAACUUGCCCAGGCUCCCCGCCCACUGCCUGUGCCCGGGGCACCACACAGCACCUGGACCCUCCCCAGGGCGGGCUCUUCACCUGUGAGACUAGAGAGGCCGUGGAGAGUCGGAGACAGAGACGGAGACAGAGACACGCGGCAGACAGAGAGGUUCCAGUCUCAGUCCGUCUCCCCUGCGGAGCCCACCAUGUGGGGCUACCUGACCCUCCUGCCCAUCUGCCUGGCCCUGGGGGCCACUGCCGGAGUCUGGACCGUGUUUGCGCUCGCUGUGGUCAACAGGCCCCUGAACCUCACGGCAGGCUUCCCCUACAUCAGUCACUGCGGGAACGACCCCCCUGAGAGCUGCGUCUUCAGCCUGGUGCUCAACAUGGGAGCUGCUGCUGCUGCCUGGAUCUGCACCAUCCGUCACCACCAGCUCCGGGACUGGGGCGUCGCUCGGCGGCCCAACCAGGCCAUUCUGUGUGCUGGCCUCCUCUGUGCCCUGGGCACCUCCAUGGUGGGCAACUUCCAGGAGAAGAACCAGCAGCCCACACACCUGACGGGGGCCUUCCUGGCCUUCUGCAUGGGCAACCUCUACUUCUGGCUGCAGCUCCUAGUCCUCUGGCGGAUGAAGAGCCCGCCGCAGCCCGGGGCACCCUGGAUCGGGCCGCUGCGCCUGGGCCUCUGCAGCCUCUGCACCGUCCUGAUCGUAGCCAUGGUGGUUCUGCACAGGCGGCUGCUGCGCUCGGCCUCUGCGGCCUGCGAGUGGGCAGUGGCCCUGCUGCUGUUCGCGCUCUUCGGGCUCCUGGCGGUGGACUUCUCCAGACUGGACGGCCGCAGUCUGACCCUCCGGCCCCGGCCUGGGCCCGGGGCCAGCCGCGGCACCCCGCCGGCCUCGCCCACCUCCCUGCAGGUCCAGCUGCAGCAGGCACUCUGACCCGGCACCCUCGCCAGUGGAGACAGAACGAGUUGCACCUGGGCCCCCACCUUCUGGGAUGGAUGCUGGGGAGCCCUGACAGCUGGGGGUGACUGCCGACACGCCGUCCUGCAGCCUCGUGGCCGUGGGCGCUCCCAGUGCUGGCCGGGGUGGCAGCCCCAUGGCCUGUCCCUGUGGUCGCAGCUGCGUCUGCACUCGGGCACCAGGAAGCGAGAGGCCGAGGCCAGCAGCUGUCCCUGAUCGAGGCGAUUUAUUAUCAUCAUCGUUUUGUUUUGUUUUUUGCCGCCGGCGGAAUCAGAGACACAGACGCAGGCAGGGUCACGCGAGGCCAGAAUCCCUUCCGGAGAGCAAAUCCGUACAGAAGGCAUCGGGGACGGGGAGGACCAGGAAGAAGGGACCCGGGCAGGGGGGUUGGGGACGACAUGGGACAGAGGACCCUGUCCGGAUCUGCUAAGCCACCCCGACCAGCUCCCGUCCCUCCCCCACCCCACCCCGCAGAGAGAUUGAUCAAUAUAUAAAAUAAUAAAUUAAUCAAUAAAUAAAAUAGAAA